UCUUCUUCCCUCUCCGCCCCCCACCACUCUCAUUCUUCUUUUCUCUCGUUCUUCCUUUCUUUUAACUCAACUAUCAAAUCUCUCUCUCUCUGAAACAGAAGAAGAGAAGAAGCAUAACCAAGAUGUCUCUUAGAAAAGCAUUUCUCUCCCGAAGGAAUACAACCAAACAGUCCUUUAAUCUGUCGAACUCUGAUGAAGUUGAAGCACAGAAACGGCAUACAGACGGCCAUGGCGAGGCAGAUGAGGAGAUCGAACAAGUUGAUGAGGAUUGCUGGUCUAAGAUGUUCCCUGAGCUUCUCAGUGAGAUCAUCCAGCGAGUCGAGUCCAGCGAAGACCGGUGGCCGCUCCGGAAGAACGUUGUCGCCUGUGCUUGCGUCUGUAAGAGGUGGAGGGGCGUUACCAGAGGCAUCGUUAGGUCUCCUCUACAGUGUGGGAAGAUUACUUUCCCCUCUUCCCUUAAACAGCCGGGGCCGCGAGAUGCUCCCCUUCAAUGUUUUAUCAAGCGAAACAAGAAGACCUCCACAUUUUAUCUCUAUCUUGGUCUGACCCAGACAUUCAUGGACAAGGGAAAAUUUCUCUUAGCGGCAAGGAGAUAUAGGCGGGGUGCUCACACUGAAUAUAUCAUUUCUCUUGAUGCCGACGACCUUUCCCAAGGAAGCAAUGCUUAUGUUGGGAAACUGAGCUCGGAUUUCCUUGGCACCAAAUUUACCAUCUAUGACAGCCAGCCACCAUAUGAUGGUGCAAAGCCUUCAAGCAGUAGAGCAAGCCGCCGAUUUGCAAGUAAGCAGAUCAGUCCCCAGGUUCCAGCUGGCAACUUUGAGAUUGGGCAGGUUUCCUACAAGUUCAACCUGUUAAAAUCAAGAGGACCAAGAAGGAUGCUCUGCUCAUUAAGGUGCCCAUUAACAAAUGAAAUUGCCCUUGAUGAACCUCAGAAGACCCCUGAGAUACAGACAACAGAAGCUUCCACCACCAAUGCAGGGUGCAUGAUUCUGAGAAACAAGGCUCCUAGGUGGCACGAACACUUGCAAUGCUGGUGUCUUAAUUUCCAUGGGCGGGUGACAGUUGCUUCAGUGAAAAACUUUCAGCUGGUUGCAGCGGUUGACCCAAGCCAACCAGGAGGGAAAGGGGACGAGGAGACUGUACUUCUUCAAUUUGGGAAGGUAGGCGAUGACAUAUUCACCAUGGAUUAUAGGCAGCCCUUGUCUGCCUUCCAGGCAUUUGCCAUCUGCCUCACCAGCUUUGGUACUAAGCUUGCCUGUGAGUGACAUAAUGUAUUCUGGUUGUUGAUUCCAGCAGCAGCCUGUGGAUGUUGUUUUAAUAUUUGUUUCUUCUCCCUCCCCCCCCCCCCCCCUUUUUUUCUUUUUUACUAUGUUAAAUUGUUAUCUCCAUCUCUCUGAUUAGCAUCCGUGCAACAAGCACAUUGUAAAUGCUGCAACUGUAAGAAUAUUAUGGAGCUUGGCUCAGUAAUACUUGACUCUGCAAUUCAAUUGCAAGCAAGCACCUAAUUGAUCAAUAACCAAGAUUAAGAUGUGCUGCAA